GAAAGCAGCGUUUGGCCAGAGGACCUCAUUGCUCCAGCAAACAAGUUAAUUCUAGCUGUGUAACAAAAACGCUUGAUGGCUACGUUUUGUAAUUUUGACGGUGAUGUCAAUCGCUAAUCUUCCAAUUUCGCAGUGCGUGAGUCUUUUGCUGUGGUGAUGGUAAAUUAAUAUCUGAAGACUUCCUGAUGACAAUGAAGUUUCCAGACCAAGAGCCUGCUUCUGUCACCUGCUGUAAUCAAACCAAUGCAGUAACCUCUUAAAACACCACCUCUAUUAUCCAGCAUAUUUCUUGCCUUAUUGCUACCAUUCCACUGUACCAGCAAAUCCUCAACCAUUAUCUACCUGCUCAACACUUGCCCAGGUGCUUUAUUAGCUGUGAAAAGCGUCUUCCUCUGCUCCUCCAAAGUUUUUUUUCUCACUUCACAGAACCUCCAUACUCAAAUGAUGCGGACGGACAACAAAGGCCGAAGUGCCUCGCCUCACAGGAUAACCUAUAAGUCUGACUUCCACGCCAUCAAAUGUUCAUUUGACACUGGGACCAGUCUACAACCAGGCACCAAAGCUGACGCUGCCCAGCGGUCUGCUGUGCACCCAACCAGGCUGCCAUCCAGCCUGUCAGAUCCCAUAAUGUCCAACACCAGCACCAACACCAGCACAGGCAGCAGAGGGAGGGUCCACAGCACCAGGGGGACCAAGAUCAGAGACAACAUCUUCCUGCAAAUGGACAGCCAGCAGCUGAAACAAGAUGGUGGUCCAGUGCUGAGUUCUGGCUCCACACCCCUCCUUUCUCCCCAUAAUCCUAUCCUACAGCUCCAAACUUCACCUUUCUCUGGAUCCAGACGUUCAGUCGUCAGCUCCUCGUCUGUUCUGAGCACUGUGGCCAACAUUUCUACUACAGAGUCUUCUCUGCAAGAUAAACCAUCCAGAUCAGAGGAGAUAGCAGAUAUUGAUAGAGCUGCUCUGGCUCAGAAGUUCUCUGUAACCCGAAGGUUGUUUGAAACCAAGGUGAUGGAGGUUGAAGGGCAGGUUUCAAAAGGUAUUGCAGGCAGGGGAAGCAAGGGGAUGGCAGAUGGAAAAGGAGGAGGAGAAGAAGAAGAAGAAGAAGAAGGGAGAGGAGGAGUCAGCCAGGUGGAAAAAGAGGCAAGUGAGAAAAGGAAUUACACAGAGGAGGAGAGCUUUGACAAAGACAAAUCCAUAAACCUACCUAUCAUAAAUUUCUCCUUACCAAAGCCUCCUGCACAGGCCUCGCUGACAGGGCACCCUAAAUCUCCUGUAUCCGAUGGCCCUAGUGAAGCAUCCAACACAUCUCCCUCCUAUCUUGACAAACAUUGUCAAACCACAGGAUCACAAACAGAGGAAGAAAGUGCAACUUGUGACCUCUGCUUGACCCCGGAGGAGCCAGUGAGGGCAGAACUAGUUGACGUAAAGAACGAGUCUUCAGAAAGUGAUGAGAAUGAAGGAGAAAAGGAGCAGAAAGAUGCAAAAAACUGGCUUAAGGAUGAGCGGGAAAAGUAUAUGAACAGAGCUGAAGGAGAAAGGGUGCAGCACCUAGUGGAUGAUGUUUUUGAAGAGCUCAGCAUGGAAACAACACCAGGACAUUAUACGCUGGAAAACAGAGUGGAACUAAGAGCAGGGGACAGUAGGCCAGUCGUUCCCUCAGAAGAACACCAGAAGGAGUUAUCAGCCAGCAUGUCAUGUAAAAGAGAGACUACGGAUGGCGGGGAAGGUGGACGAGACAAGUAUCGGCAGGUGAAUGAACAAUGGGAGGGGCAGAAGAGACAGUUCAUUGCACGGGCUGAGAAGUCAACAGAAGAGGGGAACUACAGGUUGAAAAAGACAGAUGCAGGAGUGGAAGAAAGUGCUGGAAGUAAAGAGAGAGGCAUGAUACAAGAGGAGGGUAUUCACACGGAAGUUGAGUCAUACAGUGUGGGAAAGAGGAAAGGUAAAGAAGAAUGUAAACAAAGUCAAGAGAAGGAAAGAACUGAAAAAGAAGGGGAAUGUGAGAGAGAAGAAGGUACGGCAUUUGAGAUGCAAGAGGAGCAUGUCAAUGAGGAUGUCAAGCAUGAGGUGUGCAGAGAAGGCAGUGAUGGAAAAGAUCAUGUCAGAGGAGGUAAAGAGGACCAGACUGGGAUUGAGAACAAGGCUUUUGUAUAUGAGCAGGAAUCCCAGUCUCAUCCAGACCAUUCAACAUCACCAAGUCAGGAAUGGGAAAACUCUAUACAUGCAGGAGAUCUGCUUUUAUUGGAAUGUGAGGAAAUUCCCGGUGUGCCUGAACUGGCCGAUCAGGAGGAUGAGGAAGCGGCAGAAGUUGCAAAGAGAAAGGUCAGGUUCUCCUCGGCACCAAUCAAGGUGUUCAGCACUUACUCUAACGCACAGUACGACAGACACAAUGAGGAUAUUGACCCAGUGUCCGCCUCGGCUGAGUUUGAGCUGGAGAAGAGAGUGGACAGGAUGGAUGUCUUUCCAGUGGAGAUAGAAAAGGGAGACGAGGGUCUGGGCAUCAGUAUCAUAGGAAUGGGUGUAGGAGCUGACCAGGGACUGGAGAAACUGGGAAUCUUUGUCAAGACAGUCACUGAAGGAGGAGCAACACAGAAGGAUGGAAGGAUUCAGGUGAAUGACCAGAUAGUGGACGUGGAUGGGGUGAGUUUGGUUGGAGUCUCCCAGCUGUUUGCAGCCACAGUCCUCAAGAAUACAUCAGGCCUCGUCAAGUUUUUGAUUGGCCGAGAGAAGGAGGGGGUGGAGAGCGAGGUGGCACGGCUGAUCAAUGAAAGCCUGGAAAUGGAUAAAACAUCCAGAAAGCGGGGAAGAGCAGGCGGAGACGAGGAUAACGAUGGUAGCAUGUCAGAGAGGGGCUCAGUGGUUGAGGAAGAGGAGGAAGACGAAGAGGAGGAUGUGUCUGUUCUUUCCGGCCUGGACAACUACCAGCUCUGCCUCAAAUACCAGCAGCUUCAGUCAAAACUACAAAGCAGAGCAGCCCAACUUCACCACGCUAGAGAAAAGUUAGCGGCAUGGGAGGAGCAGCAGGCCUAUUGGGAGAGCCAGAAGGCCGAGUUGGAGCAAAGAGUGGAGGACGCAGAGGAGAAAGCUGACAAAUUAGAGAAGUAUUGGCAAGAGGCCCAGACACUGUGCAGGGUUGUGAGCCAGCGACUGGCUGAUGCCCAGAGCCAAUCAGAAAGCUUGGAGAUCAAAUACAGCAAAGCCAAGAGACUGGUCAGAGAAUACCAGAGCAGAGAGGAGGAGAGGGAGAACAGAGAAGCAGAUUUAAGGAGAGAAAUGGAGGAGAGAGAGAAGCUGCACAGAGAGAUAGUUGAAACACUGCAAAUCCAGAUAGCACAGCUGGAGAGGAAAGAGCCAGAAAGAAAGAACCACUCUGUGGACUCCUCAGUCACAGGUCCAGACUGGUAUAUUCCAGUUCCUGACACAGGACGUCUAGACUCCAGCGCUCACAUAGCCAGAGCUCAGCUGGCCCAGAAAUCCAAGCGCCACCCGCCCUCUCGAGACAAACUCAGAGAGAGCUUUAGAAAACAGCAAGAUGAAGUUCAGAAACACCAGGAGAGCAAAUCACUGUCGGCUCCCACGGUGGUACAAAGGAGCAGCAGAAGUGACCUGUCCAGUACCUCGUCUUUGUCAGCCCUCAGUCCUCAGCCUCCCACCAGCUCCGUCUUCACCCCUCCCAUCUACAUCAAUGACACGGUCACUCCCUCACCAUGCAAAUCCUCUGCAUCCAGAAAGUCCAAAAGGAAAUUUCCCGACUUCAGUGACCUUCGCAAGUCUCUCAGCAAAAGAAGUGAGAAACACCGCAAAAGGUCCUUGAACAGGGGGUCAUGUGGUGACCUGGUGGAUGAGCCUGCUGGAGUUUCUCCGUCAGGGUCAGUCACCUCCAUGCCUUCUUGCCUGCCCUUUCCCUGGUUUGGAGAGCGAGGGAGAGAAAAAGGAGAGGAGGGUGAGAGAGACAGAGAGAGACUUCGGUCUGUGUCCAGCAGCAGCUUACCGUACCUGACCACCACAGGUAGAAGAAAUCAGAGUAUUGGCUCUCCAGUGGGCAGCUCCAGCAUGGUGGGUCAUGUCUCUGAUCUCUCCCUCUAUGGACACACUUUCACCUUUUCCUCUACCGAGACAUUGGACGAUGACCCAGUUCCCACCAAUAACAACAAUCAGUGGCAAACUCGACCUGUCUCGGAGUGGAACAACCAGCAGGUGUGUUUGUGGUUAAUCGCCAUGAGCAUGGACCAGUAUGCGUCGGAGUUUGCUGCCAGAGCUGUGGAUGGGACACAGCUGCUCAACAUGGACAGUGAGAAACUCAAGGCUCUGGGGGUGUGCAGCCAUAGUGACCGGUCUGCCCUCAAGAAGAAGCUGAAGGAGAUGAAGAAAAGCGAGGAAAAGGCACAGAGGAAAGGGGAAAAGGAGAAAGAGAAGAAUGCGGUUUUGGAUAAGGAGAGUGAAGAAAAGGAGAAAGCGAGGAUGAUGGAGAAGUCUGUAAAAGACGGCAGACACAGUGGCAAAACUGUAAGAACGGAGUCCCUCUUAUAAUGGUGAUACUGGAGAUACACCACCAGCAUGAGGGUGUGUUUGCAGGCUCAUGCACACAAAAUACAUUUGAACCAAUUUCUGUUUAGCUAAUAGAAACCACUAGACCUACUGCACACGUCCUCUUAUUGUUCACAUCUUUAUCAUUUAAGAUACAGAACACUAGUUGGAAUUGAUAGCUCUCUCAACCAGAGUAGAGGUUGACUCCAGCACCAAAGUUCACAUCUCUGUAUGUCAGGUGUAAAAUGUGUUACUGUUUUACAGUUGUCUUUUUUUAAUCAUGAACCUUGAAAUUAUCCUUAGAAUGAUUUUAAUAUUUAAUGAUGUGCUGAUUCAAGCACGCAGGUAUUUGCUGUAAAUGCUUUUUUAUGUAUUAAUAAAUAAUGCUUUAAACUUC